UUUAGUAAUAUUUUACAAAUGUUCGAUUACUACCACAGUAAAGGUAAGCCUUGAACCAGCUGGUUUUGGGGAGAUUUUUAAACUAUAGAGGAGCUGUACAAGGUAGGGGUAGAGGAAUGGGAAUGGUGACAUAGGGGAAGAGAAGAAGGGAUUGGCCAAUAUUUUUCAGAAAAUGAUUCAGAAAGUCCUGAAAUACCAGAGUGUGUUCCAAGUGUCAUCCCAGGACUUCCAGAACUUCACAGGCUGAAUUUUUCAUCAGCUUUGUUUGAUGCAUCAUUAAAUAUCUUUGAUGAAUGAUUCCAAAAAGAUGAUAUCUUCAAACUUCCAAAAACUCAUAACUACCGAAUGUUUGAAGAAAAUGAAAAGAUUCAUAAGCUUGAGGUUAGCAAUAGUCAGACUUAUCAAGUUUCACUUCUCAGUACUUCGGUCUCUGACCUUCUAAGACAAAAGAGUCCAGCCAAGGCUUGUAAAACUCCUCGCUCGAGGUGGGGAAGAAAGCAAGAUAAAAUUCUAUUUCAGACUAUUAGAGAUAUGGAGCAAGAAGAGAUACUCACUCUUCAUGAAUUUCUGAACCCAGACUCAGACAAAAAGCUCAAAGAUUAUAUUGAGAUCCAACAGCUUUGUGAAAGAUCUGGUUGGAAGUCUUCUCCAAGUAAACUUCUUACUCGGAUAAAAUCCUUAUGAACCCCUGAGUUUUCUUUCAGAGAAAUGACACUACUGAAGAAGAUUUUGAAGACCUACAAAUACCAAAACAUUGACUACGACAAAGUUAUAUAUGAAUUUCCAGGAAAGACAAUAUCAGAUCUUCGUAAUAUGGUCCAGAUACUAAUCGACUUCCACCGCAGAAAAGAUCUGAACAGUUUUAGAAACAGUAGAAAGAAGUCAGUCAACCAGGCUCCUUAA